GAUGGGUCAAGGUCAUUCGUAUGAACUAUAUGAAGCUAUCAACUGUCCAAGACUCAACCUUCACUGCUCUACGACGACUCCUGUUACCAGCUUCCUCCCCAGAUUCGAACCAAAAUGGAAUGUAAUGAACAGAGUAGAUGCAUAGAGCUGGCCAAAGCCUCUACCUUUUACCGUGCAGUGUAUUCUGAGAUAGAGGAAGUUGGGUGGGAGCAUCUUGUGAGAUUUAGUGCAGAUCUAACAUCUCUCAGCUUUCGGAUCUUAGAUAGUAAGGGAAGAGUGCAUGUUAUGGAAAUUCAGUUGGACAAAACCCAUCCUACCUCUCCUCCUUCAGUUUCAGCAGAUGUACCUUAUUUGUUUAAUAUAAAAUGGUCAUCAAACUCAAGAUUAAAAGAUGUGGUGCAGCAGUUUAGAAAGCAUUUAGAGAGGCUUCAGACAUUUUGGUCUACUUUGGAUGAUAUUGAUAGGUCCCUUCGUGUUGUUGAACAUAAACAAGCAUCUCCUGCUGGAUCCAAUCGCCAAAUCAGUAUAGGAAAUGAUUGUUUCAUCAUGUUGUCUAUUAAUGCCACUGAUCCUAAAUCUUUACCAGAGUGCCGUUUUAUUGGUUCAGGUCAAAUCGUAAACCUUUUGAGAGACAGAUGGCGGAGAAAUAGCAAUAGAUGGGGAAGAGACAAAAAAUUUCUGGAUAAUCUCGAACGUAUUCUGGAGACUCAGCUGCCAAGGCCUGUAGACGUUGAGAAGAAUGAUCAGGAACUGGAAUGCGGAAUUUGUUAUGCUCACAGUCUUCCAGUUGAUGAUGAGCUCAGAGAUAAGAGUGGAACUGGGACUGACUAUACAUGCGACAAUACCAGCUGCAAGAGGACAUUUCAUAGCAUAUGUCUCAUGGACUGGUUGUGUUCCAUUACCACAACAAGACAGUCAUUUAAUGUUUUAUUUGGAAGUUGUCCAUACUGUUCAGAACCAGUUGCAGUGAAAAUCAAUAGUGUGAAGAAGUAA